AACAACAACAACAAUAACAAUAGUUUCGAAAUAUUUUAUUAAAUAAUCGGUUACUGGGAGGUGUUUUAAUUGAUGUGUUUUAUUAAAUGUAAAAUGAUUACCAUAUGAUUGGUAUCAUAAAAUUGAUAAAGGUAAAUACGUGCCAUAUAUAAGAUACCGUAUUUACUAAACAAAUGCUUAUUUCGGACGAAUCCAAUUUCGGAUUGAAUGAUAAGGAUAAAUGUGCUUCGAGACUAUCGCUCCUCUGUGACACUGUAGAGAUUUGUAAUGGUGGCUGUGGAAGGACACAUAAAGAAGAGAAACACAGAGAAAACUUUGAAAACUCUUCUUGCAGGAGGAAUUGCAGGAUGCUGCGCCAAAUCGGCUGUAGCCCCACUGGACAGGGUGAAAAUCUUAAUGCAGGGUCACAAUAAAUACUACAGGCACUCAGGUGUGUUCAAGUCUCUGAACAGUGUAUACCAGAAAGAGGGAGUUGUUGGGCUGUACAAGGGAAACUACUUCCAGAUGAUCAGAGUCCUUCCUUAUAGCGCCGUCACAUUUACAUCGUAUGACAUCUACAAAUCAUACCUCCAGAACUUUACUCAUCAUGUUCACCCUAACUUGGUCCACCUCUGUGCAGGCUCUUUGGCAGGCAUGACAGCAGUGAUACUAACCUACCCCCUAGAUGUAAUGCGGGCAAGAAUCGCCUUCCAACUCAAGGGACAUCAUAUCUAUCACGGGGGUAUGAUUGAAACGGUCAAAACUAUAUCACGUCAGGAAGGGUUUAUGGCCCUUUAUCGAGGUCUCUUCACAUCAUUACUUGGAAUGGCCCCUUAUGGAGGCUUAUCAUUCUGGGCCUUUGAAAGAUCAAAGCUAUUCGUGCUGGCAAAUUUUCCUGGUAUGUUUGGCUCACCACAUGCAGAAAACAUGGAUGGGCUUAGUCUGUCAGUACCUGCAAAACUGAUAUGUGGUGCUUUUGCUGGAGCUGUGGCGCAAACUGUUGUGUAUCCACUUGAUGUUGCCAGAAGAAAACUGCAGCUAUCUACAAUGUUGUGUGAACCACACAAAUAUGAUGGAAAAUCCAUAUGGCAGAUACUUGUCACUGUUCGAAAUGAUCAUGGAGUGGUAAAGGGACUUUUUCGCGGGAUUACGGUGAACUACUGGCGCGGGGUCCCAUCUUCGGCCAUAUCAUUUACAAUGUUCGAAAUGAUGAAACAGCUACUCGGGCUCGAUACUGGUGUCACUAGAUGAUACUAUCUCCUUUAUAGUUCUCAGAAUAUUGUGAUAUUUGUAAAAAAUAUUGCCCCAUUCAUAAUCAAGAACGUGCCAUCUUCUUGUGUCAUUGAGGAAUGUGUUAUGUUGUUACCUUGUCUUCUUUUUAUUUUAAGUUUUAUUUUUUGUGUCAGUAUCAGAAUGCAAAAGCGUUAACCUUGACUUUAAUUGAAAAAAAUAUUCAAGAUAUUAAAAUGAAACUUGGUACAUUAGUUGCCAGAGGCCAAUACAUGCAAGGCCAGUAACCCUGGAUUUAGUAAUUGUUGACCUUAUCUCAAAAAAUCUGUUCAAGAUAUUUAAAUGAAACUUAGUACAUUAGUUGCCAGAGGCCAAUGCAUGCAAGGCCAGUAACUCUGGAUUUAGUAAUUGUUAACCGUAACUAAAAAAAACUGUUCAAAAUAUUCAAAUGAAACUUAGUAUGUGUGUUUCCAGAUGCCAAGGGGCACAUAAUUAUGUAGCAAGGCCAGUAAUUCUGAUUAAGUAAUUUUCAAGUUAUGCCCCAUAGGUUGACUGAGAAAUAAAAAGAAGAGCAUUGGUAUUCAGUCCACAACUUUCUUGAGUUUUUCUCAAUAACUUAUGUUAAAUGGUAAGAUUUAAUUUUAUGGCUUAUUUCUGUUUCCAAAGUGCCCAUCUGCAUCUUUAGGAAUGAUAGCAGUUGUGGGUUGGUUUAUAGAGUCAGCAUGCUGAGUUUUACCCUGAUCUUGGUAUUUAUGUAUUUAAAAUGAUAACGUUUUAAAACAUUGUUUUUAUUACCUCCUAUUUAUCUGUUAUACCUGUGGCAGCCUAAUUUUAAAACUGGCUUUAUUUAUGUAUUAUAGAUUGAUGUUUAUAUCUCAUGUUUUUGAAUUGUUUUAUAUUGGCAACAUAUGUUGGCUUGGUCGUUUAGUUGACUAUAAAAGUGAUGCUCAUUUCUCAUAGUUUUUAUAUAUAAUGUAUCGUUUGAAAUUCAUUUUCAUUGCAUUUUGUUGUGUGAAAGAUGUAAUCAUGUCUGUGAUCUUUCAUUGUGUACUGUGAAUUUUUUUUUAUUUAUGGGACAUUAAUUUUCAUUGAAUUUGAGGAUAGGCCACACCAUGAAUUUAAAGGGACUAGUCACCAGGUGAUUACUAAAUCGGCAAAUACAGUAUUUCCUCAAAACGAGCCUAGAAUUAUCAAUACCAGCUAGUAUGAGGCCGAUAUACAUCACUUUACAUGAUUGAAAGAAUAUUUUGUCACUGUCUCAGCUUAGUUGACCCGCUUAAAAUAGCGCAUAAUGGUGUCCCAGUUUAUAGUGUGUAUAUAAGUUUGUGAAAGUAAUGUGAUUAGAACAGAUACUGAGAUACAUAAACAGCUAAGUCCCGUUGGCUCAAACUCGCUUGGCUCGAAUUCCUCGUUGGCUCGAAGUGCAUGUAAAGGACCGAUUUCUUUAUUCUGAAUGUAAGCAUUCCCGCUUGGCUCGACUUUUUUGAGGCUCGAGCCAAUGAGGUUUGGCUGUACCAUGGUGUUUUUAAGUUGACUGAGAUUAGUGGUAGACAGACCCAGUAAAUUUUCAAAUUGGAAAAGUACACAAAAACUUUAAAAGAUACAUGUGUCGCAAGCGAUGUGAUAACAUCAGUAAUUAAGAUUCAAUGUGUUGUUCUCAACCAUAUCAAUUUUAUGUUAUUUUUUGACAAUUUUCAUUUUUUCAUCAAAAAAACAUCUGGUGUCUAGAACCAACAUUAUAUUUGUACCUAAACUUAUACCUGUAUAUUCACUUUACCACAUCUACAUUAUAUAACAUUCUGCAAAAAGCAGUCCAUGAAUUUAAGUACCAAAAAAAUUGUGUAUUUUCGAAAGAGCAUAAAAUUUCACUUUGACAUAUGAUUUCACAGUAUGUAGUUACUUUGAUAACAAACGUGAACGCCAUGCUGUAGAGUCAUCCACUUUUUGUAAAGUCGAAAAUGGCUACAUUGUAUGUUUGGGCUGAAUUUCUUUUGUUAAUAUAAUAUGUAAAUGCAUGAAUUUUUAUCACAAUUAAUUUACAAGUUAUAAACAACAUUAUUGGCAUUUUAAAUCUUAUUGUAAAUAUGUUUAGCAUGUUACGAGAAAUAUUGGUGAUUUAUUGUCCCUGUGAAUGAUAAUUACAUUUCAUUUCAUAAAGAUUGGGUAAAAAUGAUGUUUAGGCCAUUUUCGUUAUGGGUUCGUGAAGAAAUUUGAGCAAGGUUUUUGGAGGUGCAUUUUGGCAUGUAUUUUAUUAUAGUGAAAUAUUUAUAGGUGAACAAAUGUGUUUUGGUUGAACUUCAUUUGUUAGUUUUACAUGUAAAUGCAUGAACAACAUUACAGGCAUUUUAAAUCUUAUUGUAAAUAGUUUUUGCAAGUUACCAGAUAUAUUGGCAUCUUUUAGUCCCUAUGAACAAAAAUUACAUGUUUUAUGCUUGUAAUUCAUACAGGGGCAUUAAUGCUUGUAUUUCAUACUGGGGCGUUUAUGCUUGUAUUUCAUACAGGGGCAUUAAUGCUUGUAUCUCAUACAGGGGCGUUUAUGCUUGUUUUUCAUACAGGGGCUUAGUUUGGCUAAAUGUGACGUUUGGGCCGCUUUCUUUGUGGGUUUGUGGACAUGCCCCCUAAAAAAAAUCAGCAAGAUUUUUGGAGGUGCGUUUGGCAUAUAUUUUCUAGUUGUGAAUAUAUUUACGAGUAAACCAUUGACCUUGCAUUCCACUUACAUGACUGGCAAUUUUUUUGAUUUUUCGGUUUAUAUUGCCUUUAGGAAGCUAUGCCCCCUGCCAUAUUUAGAAUAUGAGUUGUUCAAUAGAAAGUAAGAAUCUGUUUUACUCUUUUGUGUUUGUGCAUUUUUAGCUCAAAGGAGAGCUAUACUACCUACCCUAGCAUUGGUGUUACAUCUUGGUCAAGGUUUUGCUGGUUAAGGUUUUGCAUUUAGUCGCCUUAAAGUCACUAUCUCAGCAAAUACAUCAUGUAUUGCAUUGAAACUUUAGAAAUGUUUUCCUAACAAAUCUCAUUUUACAAUGAUCCAUCUUUGUUUCACCAAUCUUUGCAAUCCUUCACUUAAAAGUGGCAUAAUAGUCGAGGGCGCCGUCCCUGUGACAGCUCUUGUUCAUAAUGUAUGAAUUGAAUCAUUCCUAUUGUUCUAUAAAAUAGAAUGUGCGCACUUGAUAGAGCCAGAGGCAUGUAAAAAGUCUCAGUUAAUUUAUUGAGUUCUCAAAACUUAUGUGUCUUUUAUUACAUGUUAUAAAUGCAUUUUAUGUAAGGCCUUGCCAAAUUAAUUCUAUGUGUAAUGUCAUUGGGAGGGUAGGUUUUCAUCUUUAAAAUUGUUGAGGCAAUGGGGGGUUUUGAAUUGAGCCAAAAUAAUCAGAUUUAAGGAGCUGACGAAGAAUUAAAAUGAUAUAAAAUGAGUCGAGGAAAACAGUGUCACUGUGAGUAAUUAAAUUUCUAAAUAGAUAUGGACCUUCACUUUUUGCGUUUUAUUGGGUGAGAAAUUAAAUUCCUUAUUAAGUAUGACCUUCAUUAAUGGAUUAAAAACCAACUUUGCAUUUUAUUGGGGUAUGGUAUGCAAUGGUGCUGUUCAAAAUGGGUGGGAUACAGAAGGAUGUAUAUGAAGAAUUUUUAUUUUAAAAUCCUUUUUUAGAAAUUAAAAGAUGUUUUUUAUUCUAGGCAAUUUGUCUGUUUUUUCCCUGCUGGUGGUAGGUUUUUAAAUUAGAGCCUGACACUAAACAUAGAACGAAGUUGGUUUGGCCUUCCAUGCUACAUGUUGUGAUAGUACAAGCUAGUUAUAAAUAAUCCUAUUUGGAAACAUUACAGGGAAAUGUUUUAAACAUUUGUAGGUAUUGUUUUAUUAUAUUUAUCUUAAGUGUUGGUACUAUUUUAAUCGUAUGCAAGUUAUCUAAAUUUCAGGUAAUGUUUUAAUUUGUAUCUCAAAUUGUCUUUAAGUGUUUAAUUGUCUUUAUGCGUUUUUACUGCAAUUUUGCUAAUCAUUUCCUAAUUUUUAUUAUCAUUUUAAUUCUUGUUGGUUAAGAGAUUUGCUGUAAGAAAUCUUGUACGUACAAUUCAUAAACUUAUGAAAAUACCCAAAGCUGUAGGUUUCUGUAACAAACUGUGCAACUAGAAAAUAUUUCUUAAAACUAAUUUGAAUUUUAACUGUUUCAUUUUAUGGACUCGCACAUUGUGCAAAUGAAAUAUGUUUCUCCAGGCUUAAUUGAAAAUGGUAAUUUUUAUUUAACUGUUUAUUUUAUGGACUGAAAUUUAUCAUAAUAAUGUGUAUGAAAGCAAUGGUUCAAUCUUGGAUGAUGAGGCGAAUAUAAUUUAAUUACUAGAUUUUUUUCCAUUUUUUUUUAGCUCACCAGAGCAUGAAGUGCUCAAGGUGAGCUUUUGUGAUUGGUCUUUGUCUGUCGUCCGUCCGUCCAUCUGUCAACAAUUGCUUAAAAAACAUCUCCUCUGAAGCUACAUGGCCAAAUUCAAUGAAACUUCACAUGAAGCUUCCUUGGGUGACUUUCUACAAAAAUACAACAAGGGGUCACGAUUGAUCAACAACAACAAUCACAAAAUGGCCGACUUCCUGUUUUGCUUUAAAAAAACAUCUCCUCUGAAACUACCAGUCCAAAUUCAAUGAAACUUUACAGGAAACUUCCUUGGGUGACCCUCAACAAAAAUACAACAAGGGGUCACGAUUGAUCAACAACAACAACAGCAACAACAACAAAAUGGCUAACUUCCUGUUUUGCUUUAAAAAAAACAUCUCCUCUGAAACUACCACUCCAAAUUCACUGAAACUUUACAGGAAGCUUCAUUGCAUGACCCUCUACUAAAAUUCAACAACGCAUUGAGAUUGAUCAACAACAACAACAACAACAAAAUGGCCGACUUACUGUUUUGGUUUAAAAAUAAUCUCUGAAACUACCAGGCCAAAUUCAAUUAAACUUUACAGGUAGCUUCAUUGCAUGACCCUUUACCAAUAUAAAACAAGGCAUUGUCAUCAGUAAAGAUAUGAUUAAAUUGCAACAAUUUUAUUAAUGCUUUAUCACAGAUUUGUGGCCCUUUGCUUAGGUGAGCGUUUUAGGGUCAUCAUGGCCCUCUUGUUUUUUAAAAUGAGGUUUGGGGUGGUAUUUUUUCUUUUUUGUCUUAGGUGGCUGUUUGACUGUUGAAUAUGUGUUCAUGCUCUUUCUCUUUUAUAAGGGGCCAUAUAUGUGUGUUUCUAGAUAAAUCACUAACAUGAUUGUAACAAUUCACAACACUGUAAGUAUGAAUAAACGCCGUUGCCGUACAGUACCGAUACGCAAAGACAAACCCUUGUUUAACAUUUCUUAUUUGAGUCAAUAAAAUUUAAGGGCCAGCGGAAAAAGAGGGGGCGGGUGUGGUUGAAAAUCUAGCAAUUAAUCUAUAGUCGCCUUACCGCAGCUUUUUAUGUUAAAUUUCCCAGUAGUUUUAAGUGUUUAAAAAUAGCAUCCAUUAUAUAACAUAAGAAUGAAUGUUUGUUUAUAAUGUCUGUAAAUAUUUAUAUUGUGAUAAAUACUGUGUUAGCUUUGUGUAAGUCUUUCAAUCUUUCAUGAUAUUUAUUUUGUGCAUUGGUGCAAUUGUAAAGCCAUUGUUGACCUUAAUUUAUUAUUUAUAUUAUCUUAAUCAUAAGGUUUUUUAUAAUAAUUCCCAAUUUUUAUGUCUCUAUAAGAGAGCAUUUAAUAAUUCCACUGUGUGUCUAUAUAUAGCUGGGUUUAUUGUCCUUUUCUUAAUCAUUUGGAACACCUCUGCCAUUUUCCAUCAAAAACAACCUCGGAUGUAUAUGGACGGUUUAUAAUGUCAGAAUUUUUUUUCCAUUUAACUACGCUGCAAGAAGAUGUCGAAGUGAAUUUCAUAUAGCAGUUAAACCUAAGGACCUUACUCUUGAAAUCUUAAUUAAGUUAGCAAUAAUAUACUUUACUGAUAAUCAAUUUGAACUUAGCAAUACAAAAUACGCAUUAAAACACUACAAUUAAUUAAUACUAAAAUUUAAUUUAUACAAAAAAUUAAAAAUUUUAUAAACUAAUUCUAAUGAUGUACCAGCAUACAUCCGAGUUUGUUUUCGAAGGAAAAUGACUGAGGUGUUCUGAAUGUUUCUUAUUAUUUCCUCAGGUGUGUAUCAAAGGACUGAACGACCUAACAUAGGGCAUAGUCUUUAAAGAGGUAGAUUGGAAAUAUCGGAGAUUGUUCUAUGUUAUCCUAUGAUCGAAGCUUUCCAAAAUUAAGGGAUUAUUUCUUUCAACUACUUGGCAAAAAAAAAAUUCAACUGGGCCUUUCUGAUGACUGGACUGUUCUGACACGAUACUUUAGCCUUACGAAGAGCUGAAAAAUAUUUCACAUUGAUUUUGUAUUAUAGUUCUUCAGCUAUUUUUUAGAUAUAUAUAUAUAUAUAUAUAUAUGUUAUGAUGUGGUUGAAGCUAUCUAUCUAAUAUUAAGGGAUUAUGUCUAUUAGCUUCCUUCCAAAGAAAUCUCUAUUCACUGGUCCUUUCUGAUAACUGGACCCUUCUGAGAAGACACUGUAGCCUUACCUAUAGAGCAAGUAGAUAUUGGUUUUUCAUGCAGCAAUUUCUUGUCAUUAGAGAUAUGUUCAAGAUAUGAUCGAAGCUAUAGGAAACUAAAAAACAUUUUCUUUUAACCUUUCAAUAACUUGAAAGUGGUUUCUUCUGAUCUGUAAAUUGCAUUUAGUUCAUAAACUUGCCACCAGAUGGGGUAGGCCACUUGCAGGAUAACCUCCCAGUUGCCUAGCUUUUAGUGUUAUGUAGAAUUACUGUCUCAAACUUUGAAUGCUGUCCUGUUUGUCACCACAGAAAAACUUUUCUAUCACAUGCAUAACUGUAAAAGAAUCCAAAUAGUGUCUGCAUUUAUUAAUUGUGUAGCUGAAAUGGUAGCACUUCAUUUUAAGAUAUUUGGAUCUGUAGGGCUAAAAGAAUUUGAUUUUCAUAUGUGUAGUAUUGAAAUUGCUUUGAUGGGCAAUGACUUAACAUGGAAUUGUGUAAGAGUGAGUGAAAAAGCCUGAAUUACCUUCACCUAUUGACCAAUAUAAUGUAUUGCAGUGUACAAGUUAGUGGCUAAAUUGGUGUUGAGCUUUUAAUAUAAUUAAGUUAAGAAGUAAAUGUAUUUUUUUUUAUCAUUUCAUUUUGUAUAAUUUUGGUUUUCCCAGUAAUGAUUUUUUAAUUUUAUUUCUUGCCUUUUUCAAACAUACAAUGUUAUUUUUUGUGUGUACCGGUUAUGUUUUUAAGCUCAUCCAAUUGUAUCAAACUUGGUUAAGUUGUCCACAGGUUAUCUUUUGGUGGGUUUGCAGGUUUAAGUGAUUUGAUUGGUUAAUUGUCAUUAUUGGAUAAAUAUUGACCAAUCAAUAAACUGUAAGGCUAACGUUGACCAAACCAAAGAUUUAACCAGUUUUAUACAAUUGGCAGAUAAUUAUUAUUAUCAUUAUUAUUAUUAUCAUUUGAACUAAUUGUGUUCCAGUUGUUUUAUAUGUGUACUUUACAUAUUUGUCUCCUUUUUGUUUGAGUUUUUAAUAAACAAGUCUGUUAAAUUCAG